UCGCGGGGAGGGGAAAGCGCGCCCGCAGCCCCCCACUACCAUAAACUACACAGUCGAGUUUCCCCUAUUUGAGGAAAUCGCAGAGGUCAACACACCGGAGUGCAAUGGGUGAGCCUCGCCCUGGGAGAGUCUCCUUCUUGAUAAUGGUAUCUCCUCUGCCAGGUAGGAGGGACACGAACAGAAUCACCAGCACUGGCUGAAGCUUCCUUUCAAUAGGAGAGUGACACAUAGCACAUGGGAUCUCAGUUCCCUGACCGGGGAUGGAACACAUGCCCUUUGCAUGGAAGCUCAGAGUCUCAACCACUAGACCACCAGAUCUCGGUCUCCGAGUUCAUCGCCGAGACCACCGAAGACUACAACUCGCCCACCACGUCGAGCUUCACCACGCGGCUCCGCAACUGCAGCAACACCGUCACGCCGCCGGAGGAGCUUCGUGACUCACAGAGGCAUUCAAAAGCCGGAAGUUUCGGGCUCGGGGGGUCAGGGCCCGUAGCCCCGGCCCAUGGCGCCUAAGAAGAAGAAGGGGCCGCGGCGGGAGAGGGCGCCGAGCCGCCGCUGUCGGAGCGCCGUCAGUACCUGCAUCGCCAGCACAAGGAACUGCAGGCCUGCAAGCGAGUCGACCACCUGAGGGCUGAGACGGAUUUGACUGACAGCGAGGCGGCGCGCCUGCGAGAGGAAAAUCCGCUCUAGAUAGCUAGCCGAGCACGCGCGCGCGGCGCUGCGCCAGCUCCGCCCGUCGUCGUGAACGGGAGAGCCGCGCGGACCUGUCGCAGAUCCACAGGCAGCGCGCAGAGCUGACGUCGAUCUACCGCGCGCGUGAGGACGGGCUGCGCGCGCAGCUGCUGGAGAUGGAGGCGCGCGCGGCGCAGAUGGCGCAGCAGGCGCGGAAGCUGCAGCUCGGCAAGCCUAAAGGAACGCGCCGUGUUGCUCGCUGAAAUCUUCCGGCUGGCCCGGCAAGUGGCGCCCAAAAGCGUGGAGCUCGACGAAAGUUCCUUGCGGCCACUGCCCAUUGAAACUAUUAAGAAUGCCGAAGCGCCGCGCUGGCUCCCGGAAAGGUUGGUACGCACGGCAGAGGAGAUCACUGGUGGAGCGAAUGAGACAGCUCACAAUCCAGGAGACGGUCCUGCUGCCGACAGCUCAGCAGAUACAGGCACUGUUACAGAUGGCAUGUUGUCUCACUGUUACAGAUGUUGGAUAUUCUGAUUACAGCACUGGCUGGAGUGUGGAUAUUCCUGGUGUGACCAAGCUCACAGGGCAUGCACAGCGACGCAACGGGACAGGACCCCAGGAUAUCCCAUUCUGUGGCCUGGGGCAUAAAGGGAAACAUAUAGCGGUGCCAUGGAAACUUUGUAGAGAUGAGACUGCUACUGUGUAUUCUAUUACUAAUGACACGCACUCACUGUGGGACUGGUCGCCAGACUCAGAGAGAAACCCCGGAAAGGAAAGUAACAGACGGUUUGCAGCGAGAAUUUGGAAUCUUGGCGGCACCCUUGUUUAUCAAACUGAGGUCUGGAAGUUGCUGGCCGCUUUUGAAACAAGCGGAUCCUUCAUGCAGACUGGAGAAAAGGUUAAAGGUGGAUUUUUUUGGAAUGCAACCUGGAGAUAUCCUCGGGCUUGUGUACCUUAUCCAUUUAUGAUUAUUGCUGGUUCUGUAAAUCUUACUAAGAAUAAUAGUCAAUAUUAUAUUCAUUGUUUUAAUUGUACCCUAACCAGUUGCAUUCGAGGAAUAAGAAAUAAUUCUGGAGUCUUGAUAGUUAAACAACCACCUUUUGUUAUGUUGCCUGUAAAUCUUACUGAGCCCUGGUAUGAAGAGUCUGGGCUUGAACUAUGGGAAAGAGUGCGUACAGCCCUUGCUAGGCCAAGAAGGGGGAUAGGAUUGAUAAUUCUAGGAGUAGUAACACUUAAUAACUUUGAUUGCUUCUGCUGUUACUGCUUCUGUAUCUUUAGCUCAAUCUGUGCAUACUGCUAGCAUUGUAGACGAUUUGGCAAAAAACACUUCAAAGGCUUUAGGGAUUCAAGAAGAUAUAGAUAGAAAAUUAGAGGAUAGACUAAAUGCGCUUUAUGAUGCAGUAAGAUUUUUGGGAGAAGAAGUGCAAGGGUUAAAGCUAAGAACAAAAAUUAGAUGUCAUGCUAACUAUCGUUGGAUUUGUGUUACACCAAAAAUUUAUAAUGAUACUGAAACUCCUUGGGACAGAGUGAAAUCACAUUUAGAUGGUAUUUGGCAUAAUGAAAACAUUUCCUUAGAUCUAGUACAACUUCAUCAGGAAAUUCUUGAUAUAGAAAAUGCUCCUCGGGCUAGUAUGGAUUUGGCAGAAAAUGCUGAAGAGUUUGUUAACAGUUUGUUUUCCAGUUUUCCUUCAAUAACCUCACUUUGGCAUCUUUUUUCAGGGGUCGUGGCCAUGCUUCUGGUAUUAGCGCUUUUUGUGUGCAUUACUCCUUGUAUCAUAAAGAAAUUUGUCAAAGAGCUGUGGGACAUCAAGGCUGUCCUACACAGUAAUUAUUUACGCCAAAAGAAUCAGGCGUGCCAUUUUAUUAAAUAAAAGAGGGGGAGCUGCGGGGAGCGGCUUGAAAGAGCUGACUCUGGGAGCUGCCUUGAUUGAUUAUCAAGGGUCUGUUCGCAGACAUAGCUCUCUGUCCCGCCACCCCUCUGAAAUUUACUAUCCAAGUUAACUCCUAACAGACCAUUAGUGAGCCUUGAAUGCACACAAGGUGCAGAUAGAUGGCUUUGCACGACUGCCCUUAAGAUAAGUAGGAUGCCUUUGGCGCCUUGAGAGAGCUCUGGUGAUUGUUAUCUUAAAGAUGAUGUACAUGGGGAAGAAUUUUCUUUGGGAUGCCUCUCUUCCUGGUUUAGUAUAUAUGUAACCCUGAGAAAUAAAGAAUCAUCGUUGACUGCAAAAAAAAAAAAAAAAAAAGCAAGACUGAAAAUCAGUGGGAUUCAACACAUUUACAGAAUGAAAGUGAAAAGUCAUAUUUUUAUCUUAAUAAAUGUAAAAAAGGCA